AUGUCAGAGGCACAGGCCAAGCUGCAGGCCCUCUCAGAGGACUUUACCAAAUUACAAACAGAGCUGCAGACCACAGUGUCGUCGCGGCAGAAGCUCGAGGCUCAGAGGCAGGAGAACAGCGGCGUCAAGAGCGAGUUCGGCAAGCUCAAGGACGACGAGGCCAUCUACAAGCUCGUGGGGCCCGCGCUGCUCAAGCAGGACAAGGUCGAGGCGGAGGCUACCGUCGACGGCCGCCUCGAGUUCAUCAACAAGGAGAUCACCCGCCAGGAGGCCCAGAUCAAGGAGACCCAGGAGAAGCUCGAGAAGAUCAAGGGCGACAUCAUCAGGAUCCAGACCAGCGCCCAGUCUGCCGCCCAGGGCCAGUCUGCCGCCGCGGCUGGCGCGGCCAAGGCAUGA